GUAAGCGUCACUUAAUACCGAUUAUAUUGAAUUCAAUUAUAGCAGACCGCUAUUGAGCACGUCAAAGAAAUGAAUGUGAUGACGCAAUGAGUUAAGUGGGCGGAGACUGGUCAGGCAAAAGGAACCAUGGCUUCCGUGCAAGCCGAGCCCACAGGUCUGGCCGAAGGCAGAUUGGGUAAAGGGGAGUCCAUGGAGGAGGGGAUGGAAUCACCUGGGGACCGAGAGGAAGAAGGAGGUGAGCUCAUCUUUAAAGCCAUUACAGCUAAACAUGACACAUUGAGAAAUGAGGAGGUAGCUUCCAGACUGGGAUCCUCCCCCGGAGCAGAGGCGGAGCUAAACGGAACCUAUGAGAGCGCAGAGGUGGGGAACGGACACCAGUGCCCCACCCCUCUGGUCUCCCUGGGCAACAAGUCUCAGGUGGUCACAGAGAAUGGGAUGUUGGAGACCGACCCACCUCACGGUUCCGUCACCGGGAGUAAUGGAUACAUCCUCAGCAAGCAGCAGGAGGGGGGCUCUACAACGGGGACAGGCUUGGUGGCUGCCCCACACAGGACUAGCUGGUUGCCCUCCGGCACCACAAUGGUGGGACACACCACCACAACCUUCCUGUCCUCCGCAGCAGGGCAUGCCCACAGUCCUGGUGCACUAAGAACUGAUAACCACCAGGCCGGCUCCCCGUCGGGACAGGGGGACUCAGACACAGAGACUAAAAAUGGCACGUCCCCUAGCGACUCCCCCGCCCCCUCUCCGCUGUCCAUCGCCAUACACCGAGCACGCAAGACCAUGUCCAGGCCAGCGUCCAACCAGACACUAAAGCUUCUAAACAGGGCAUUAAAAGAACCAAACGGUGCAGACGAGGAGAGUCUGAAUGGACCAGAGGAGGAGAAGACAUCCCCCUCCCAGAACCAGCUACCUCAGAGCCAAAACGACUUGCCGGCUGCAGCCACAGCCAAGUCCCAGACAGCAGCGUCGGCAUCGAGGAAGAAGAAGAGGAAGAUGGGAACGUACAGUCUGGUCCCCAGGAAGAAAACCAAAGUGCUGAGGCAGCUGACAGUGGUGGAGAUGUUUAGUCAACUUCAACAAUCAACUCAAAGCACACAGCCUAAAGAGGUAGCACAUGUCAAUGGGGAAAGGAUGGAGAAUGAGUCAGAGGAGGAAGAUUUGGAAGAUGGAGAGGAAUGGGAGGAGGAGGAGGAGCAGGGUGGAGAGGAAGGUGUCUCCACGGGCCAGGAGAAGAGUCGAACAUCAUGCCUUGCCCUUCAGGGAGAGGAGCCAGACUCUGAGGAAUCAGCUGAAGAGGAAGAAGAGGAGAACGAGUCUGACUUGAGCUCGGAAUCCAGCGUGAAGAAGAGAUUGAAAAAGAAAGUAAAGGGAGACGGCGCCUGGCUCCGGCCGUCCAGGAAACGGAAAAGGAAGCCUAAGACCAAGAUUGAGGGACUCCCUGGCACAGGACCCCAGCCCCAGGACCAGGCAGGCCUCAAUAAAGAGUACACGGAGGUUCCCCUCCACUUACUCAACCUCAAAGCCCAGGAGAAGCUGCUCUCCUCACUGCACACAGGAGUUUCUGGGGCUAUGGGAAGUGUGGAGCCAGAUAUGGUGCAGGAGCUGCCCCUCUGCAGCUGUCGCAUGGAGACGCCCAAGAGUCGGGAGAUCCUCACGCUGGCCGACAGGAAGUGCAUGGCCACGGAGAGCGUCGACCGACAGCUGAGCCGGUGUCAGAGUGCGGUUCUAAAGCACGAGAUGAUGCGUCCCUCAAAUUCUGUGCAGCUGCUGGUGCUGUGUGAGGACCACCGGGCCGGCAUGGUCAAGCACCAGUGCUGCCCCGGCUGUGGCUUCUUCUGCAGAGCCGGUACGUUCAUGGAGUGCCAACCGGACAUCAACAUCUCCCACCGUUUCCACCAGGCCUGUGCCUCAGUACUGAAGGGCCAGACCUUCUGUCCACACUGUGGGGAGGAGGCCAGCAAGGCCAAGGAGGUCACCAUCGCCAAGGCCGACACAACCUCCACCGUGCCCGCCACACGUGCUGCACAUGACCCUGCCACGGCCAGGACCGCGGAGGGCAGGGCAGACACCACAACUGGAGGUCCAUUCUGUCUCUCUGUGGGAGGUGAUCUGGGUGGCCAAGCAGACAGCUCUCUCUCCAUCCCACCCGAGCACACACUGGACACCUCCUCCUUCCCCGGGGGCUCCAGAACCGGAGUUCUGCCUCCUGCUGCGGGCAUGGGGAUCGGCAUAGGAGUGGGCGCCGCCCCUAAAGAGACCUUGGAGAGCAUCCUGCUGGCACUGGACACAGAGAAGCCCAAGAAGCUGCGGUUUCACCCCAAGCAGCUCUUUAUCUCUGCUAAACAGGGGGAAAUACAGAAGGUCUUGCUCAUGUUGGUGGAUGGGGUAGACCCUAACUUUAAGAUGGAGAGCCAGAGCAGACGUGCCCCCCUCCAUGUAGCAUCUGAGGCAGGCCACCAGGAGAUCUGUCACCUGCUGGUUCAGUCUGGUGCUAACCUGGACAUCUGCGAUGAGGACCAGCGCACUCCCCUGAUGGAGGCCUGUGAGAACAACCACCUGGAGGCGGUCUGCUACCUACUGAGGGCAGGAGCCAUCGCCAGCCACAAGGAUGUGGAGGGGUUCACUUGUCUCCACCUAGCUGCUAAGAUUGGCCAUUAUAACAUUGUGGAGCAUCUACUCUCCACAGGACUCAUAGACAUCAACUGUCAGGACGAUGGCGGUUGGACGGCUAUGAUUUGGGCAACGGAGUAUAAGCACCUAGAGCAGGUGAAGAUGCUGCUCAAUAAAGGGGCUGACAUCAACAUUAGGGACAAGGAGGAGAACAUCUGUCUCCACUGGGCGGCCUUCUCUGGCAGUGUGGAGAUUGCUGAGCUCCUCCUAGAGUCCAAGUGUGACCUCCAUGCUGUCAACAUCCACGGAGACUCCCCCCUGCACAUCGCUGCACGGGAGAACAGGCUCGAAUGUGUCACGCUCUUUCUGUCUCGCGGGGCGGAUGUCAACCUGAAGAACCGUGAGGGGGAGACGCCGCCAGACUGCUGCAGCCACAGUUCCAGGGUGUGGCUCACCCUGCAGACUAACAGGAGAGUGAAGGAGGCCAGGAGCAGCACCCAGGGGGAGAAGGUCCUUAACAGAGACAUAGCCCGGGGGUAUGAGGGAGUUCCGGUCCCCUGUGUCAACUCAGUGGACAGUGAGCCCUGUCCGGAUAACUACAAAUAUGUCCCAGACAACUGUGUCACCUCCCCCAUGAACAUAGACAAGAACAUCACACACUUACAGUACUGUGUGUGUAAAGACGACUGCUCCUCAAGCAGCUGCAUGUGUGGCCAGCUUAGCCUGCGCUGUUGGUAUGACAAGGAUGGUCGUCUGCUCCCGGAGUUCUGUCGUGAUGAACCGCCCCUCAUCUUCGAGUGUAACCACGCCUGCUCCUGCUGGAGAACCUGCAAGAACCGCGUGGUGCAGAACGGACUGAGGGUCCGGCUGCAGCUGUUCCGGACCAGUCGUAUGGGCUGGGGGGUGCGGGCACUGCAGGAAAUUCCCCAGGGAACCUUUGUGUGCGAGUAUGUCGGGGAGAUCAUCUCUGACGCAGAGGCAGAUGUCAGGGAAAACGACUCCUACCUGUUCAACCUCGACAACAAGGAGGGUGACGUGUACUGUAUCGACGCCCGUUUCUAUGGCAACAUCAGCCGGUUCAUUAACCACAUGUGCGAGCCGAACCUGUUCCCCUGCCGGGUUUUCACGGCACACCAGGACUUGCGCUUCCCCCAUAUCGCGUUCUUCGCCUGCGAGACCAUCAAGGCUGGGGAAGAGCUAGGGUUUGACUACGGCGACCAUUUCUGGGACAUCAAGGGGAAGCACUUUAGCUGUGAGUGCGGCUCUCCCAAGUGCAAGUACUCAGCGGCGGUCAUUGCCCUGCGCCAGGCAGACAGCUCGCCCCAGGACCAGCAGCACAGCACCCUCCCUGAUACCAGCUCCUCUACAACCCCCUCCUGAGCCCCACAAAUAGGACUUCCAGGCCAGCAGAGACGCGUCUCCAAUCCCCCCCAGGCCAUGAGCCGUACAUCCCCAGACGCCCCACCUCCACCCCCAGGUGGAACCAUCACCUCAAUGAACCUUCAGGCCCAUCACUGAGAUCAACAAUCAACCCCACAGAAACCCAUCUGCUUAAUGUCUCAUUCAGCUCUUACAUCACAUCCUUACCAGCACAAACUCUGAACUUCCACUGAAACUGCCCCUCAGUGCAGGACACAUUGGACAGGAAACAAUUCUGUAUGUUUGAUGUCUGUCUGAAGUGCGACAAAUAAAAAUGUUGGCGAAAAAUGGCCUUGCUAUGAGCCUGGCUCUUGUUUUGUUGGUUCCAAUUGGAAUUCUCAAACGUGCUUUGUGCUCCAUCCUGGGCAGUUGCCAUCUGGGUAAUGGUGUUUCCUAACCAGUGGUCUGAAUCAAGUUUGUACUAAGCAACAAUGUAUAUCUAUUCGUGAGAAACAUUUUCAGGGCGAAAGAAAUUUGUAGCAUGAGCGCCCAUACCCCUCAAAUCAUACCAUAGAAAUGAGCAAUGUUCAUGCACAAUUUAUAACAGUUGACGUAUUUACCUCAUAUGCUAUAUUUUGAUUGCGAACGGGACAGAGGAGUUAAGUCACAAGUGUAGGUUUUUACUGGACUACUUCUCUUGAGCAUUUCUACAGGAAAAUAAUGGUCAGUGCUAGAUAUCAAUAUCAACGAUAAAUACUUUUUAAUUAUCACCUUUAUAUUUAAAUAAUAGUUUUAAAUCGAAUUUUCUAUACAGAAUAACAUCAAGCGAGGUGUAUUGUAUGCAGAACAUCAGAUAUCAGGUUAAGGAAAGAGGAACUAUCGAUUUAAUGUCAACGAGGACACUGACCAAUCAUCUCACUGUUCUGUUCUAGAGGGGGCAGAGUGAAGUUGACAAUUGUCCAGGAAAGACUCUUGCAAUCUGUUUUGACCACACAAGGAGUGGCAGAUUAUUUUCUCAGUUAUUUGGCAUGAAUUCUUUUACAAUACAAUGGCCCCUUUCUAUUAACUAUUUGUCUGCUGGAAAGGGUGUAUAUGAAGGAUGGCGUGACAUUCAAUGGCCCAACUAAGGGUGUCAUGAUUUGAGGAUUCUGGUGCACAAGUGUUUAGCUGGGAGUUGUCUAAACUGUACAGUUUGCCAUACUGUACCUGCAAAAAUUAAAGCAGAUGGAUUUUUUUUGUUAAAUCUGCAAGAUUUUUAAGCAUGUUUGAGGCCGACUCACUCUUUUGAACAUUGAGUCAAAAAUAUUCAUUUGCCACUUCUGGCGCCAUUAAAUGGGAUUUGAAUGUUAAUGGGGUGAGACUCAAGCAAAUGGUGCUGACGAGGUUUUAUUUUCCUUGUAUUCAUUUUGAAUUACUCACCAAGUGAAUACGAGUUGUAAAAUAAGAUAAAGAAGCAAGGUUUUCUUUCUUUCUUUUACAUUUAAAUGUACCUCCAGUUUUCUAACUGUAGUUACUGUACUCCUGUUGAUGUUGUUACAUGAUUUCAUGUUGAUGGAAACCUACACAUUAUUACCAUGUCUUUAAAUGUGGUUAGUAUGGUUAGUGAAUAUUGUGCACAUUUUCAAAUGUAUGAAAAUAAAAAGGUUAUAAAACAUGAAAAAUUA